GUGAAUUUGUGUGCACAUCAAGUUUUGGUUUUCUGAGUAAAACUUGGCAUGUGCCGUGGCAAAUGUACGAAGUCGGGCGCAAGCAGAAUCCCCGUGUAAAUGAAGGCAAACGCCAAUGACGCAAGGAUGGUGACGAUAACAAGAACGGGGACAAGGAUAAGAAUUUCUAUCACUAGCGAAUAUUAACGAAACAAUGCAUAGCAGAGUACAUAGAUUCACGUUGAGUAGAGUAGAGCGAAAGGACAAAGAGACGAAUUUUCGCAACAGAGUCAUGUCAUGGGAGAGCAUAAGUUCGAAGGAUCUACUUAGUAUACCUCAUAGCCACAAUUUAUCAGCAACCCAUUUGCUUGCCUCCCCGGACGGUUCACGUUACCUAUUGGAAAAUUCUAAUGAUUUGUGUCAAUUAGAUGAGAGCUAUUCACGGCUGGCUGGUUGUGGGUCAAGUCCAGACGGCACAUCGCUUUGGGCACGACAUGGUAUUGUCUCAUCUCACAAUUCCAUAAUAAACUGUUUCUUGGUCUGUCAACGCAGUCUAAAGCAGUAUAUGGCAAGACGAAAGAUUGAGCGAGGACUGCGUCUAUAUGAGCAGCACAAUCAAAAUGCUGCUGUACGCAUAUGGCGAAGCGCUUUAAAAGCAGCAAAUCGUCGCGAAGAUUGCUUUCAAUUAUUAGGCUAUCUUUACCAGGCACACAUGGAUUGGGGAAAAUACCGCGAAGCGAUAGAGUUCGGGCAUCGACAAUUAGGCAUUUCUGAGGAAUUGGACUCACCCGCGAUGCGUGCGGAGACUUAUUUGAACUUGGCCAGAGCCCACGAACGCUUAGGUGGCCUGGAACGGGCACUAAGCUAUGCUCGUCACUCACUGUACAACGAAUGCGGUACCCAGUGCCGCACGGGAGGCUUAGUGCAUCUGACAGUGGCAAGGGUUUACUUGGAGAUGGGUGGAUUUUCGCGUGCGCUUGAGGGUUUCCAAGGAGCGCAUAAGAUAGCCACUGCCAUUGGCGAUCCAUCGCUGGAGUUGCAGGUGUACGUUGCGCUCUCAGAGUUAUUCGGCCGUCUGCAAGAUAAUGAUAAGAGUGCAACCUAUGCAUCUAAGGCCUAUGAUUUAUCACGUUCGUUGCAGCUGGGUGAUCUCAAUUCGUCGCAUCAUCGGGCCGCGCUGCUGCGUAUGGCAGCCGCUCUUCGCAAACAAGGUGACCUGGGUGACGCACAUGAUUAUUGUAUGGAAGCCACGCGUCUUUCGCUGAUCUCUGGUGAUCAAGCGACAUAUACACGUAGUUUGCGAGUUAUGGGGGAUAUCUAUCGCAAGAAAGUGGACAUGGAUCGCGCUUUUCGACAAUAUGAACAAGCGAUGGGUACUUCGGCAGCACUUGGCGAUCGUAUGGCGCAAAUGGAGGCAAUGGACGGCGCAGCACGCUGUUUAGAAGCACUAAGGUUACAGCAGAAGAUUUGUAAUUGCCGACCACUGGAGUUCAACACACGUUUGCUCGAGGUCGCAAGCUCCAUUGGCGCUAAGCUCUUGGUGCGUAGGAUACGUAGCCGACUGGCUCUCAUAUACCGUGCUUUGGGCGAUGAGGAACAAUACAACACACAUUCACGCUUAGCCGGCCAAACUGAUGCAGCUCUCGGAUUGCUAUGCGGUGCAUGUGGGGAAACCUUUGGGCUAGAGCCGAACUCGAUUGAGGCCCUACCAUGUGCUCAUAUCCUACAUGCACGGUGUGCCCAUGAUCUGUUGCGACGCCGCGAAAAGGGCGCCUCUCGCGCAUGUCCAGCGUGUAAUAAACUAUUGAAUUCACGCCUUCAUCUCUGUGGGAGUGAGAGUGGUACUGGUCCGGGUGACGGCAGUGGCUCUGGCUGUAAUGCCAAAGGAGUUGGCGCUGAUCGUUUAUUGUCUGUCGAUACGGUUGACAUUCUUCCACCACUUUGCACAGCGAACGGUGGUGUAGUCGUCGGCAAUCCCAACGAAAAAGCAAUCAUCUGCAAUGGUCUGAGCAGUAUAGCACCAAAUAUCGAUAGUACCGCAUUAAUGUUGACUGCGAAUUCAUCACCAAAGCCAUUAUAUCGCAGCAAUUUGUCAUUGGCAUCACUGAGUUUGCGUGCUUCAAGUUUGACCAUUGACAACUCACGAAAUGCCACUUCGUCGGUUUAAAAGAAGCCCUAACCUUGUUAUAAGUAGAUUGGUAUGUCAUAAAAAUUUAUUGUGACCCAUUCAGCAGUAUAUCUAACGAAUUCAACAAACAAAACAAGUAUAAGUACUACACGAAGAUAAUUAUAUUUACAUACAAACAUAUAUAUGUACAGGAAACAAUUACUCUGUAGUGGGAUUGGGUAUGAAAAAUGCGGUCAAUAUAGACUUAAUUUUGCAGUGAUAAAGGGGCUGAAGAACCGUGUGAAGGUAGACAUAAAGUGAAUGUUCAAAACAAAGUACCUAUAGCAAUCAAUAAACAAAAAAUUUAAUGAUUGAUGAAGCGAAAAUUUGGGAAAACAAGAGGGAGAGAGAUACCAGCUUGCAUCCGAAAUCCUAAUCCAAGUACAAAUGCUAAUUUGAAUUUCUUGAUGCCUAUGAUCAAAGGAAGUAUGAACCAAACAUUUUAUGAUACUAAACCUAAUUUUCAUUAAACGAAACGAGAUGCAAUUAUGUUGCUCUAAAGUGUAUAACUCUCUUGGUAGGUUAGGUCAGGUUCUGGUGGAUGCCCUCAUCCAGGUUCCGGAGGGAGUACUCUUAGGCCUAAGUGGGUCGGUUGCGGUGAAGUUCAUUCGACUCAAUGUUGAUUCCGCCCAGUUAACUUGAAAUAGAACCAGUCAGUUUUUAUUAUAACGACGCGCCUUGGACAGACACUCGAAAAGGUACUGAGGUAGACGCCGCCGCCAACGUCUGACUAGACUCGAUAACUUAAAAAAGUGUUCGCUGCUCUCGAGUUUUUGUUUGCCACGACAGCUCCGACAGUGUUAACCCACACGCUGGAUUUACAGAUCAACUUUGACUUCCCAGCUCCAGGCAAGUUAUCUUAGCCUGGGCUUUUACGAUGGUGGCAUUUAUCCCCUCUUCGUGGAACUAGUUUCUGGUCAAUUUAUCGAUUGACCUGAUAUUGUCCUUUUCCCAGUUCCCCAUAAUAUCUUUAUGACCUGCCAGUACGAGUAAAGCAUUUCUUGGUACCAUGACAUAACCCCGAGGGACAUCACCCCAAUUUUAAAUUUAGAACUAUGUCACUCCUUAUAUAGUGGCAAAAAGUCAAUUUUUUUUACUUGGGGUUAUGUCACUUCUUAUAAAGUAUCAUAACCCCAACUGGGAUAAUGUUCCUUUUGAGCCUAAAUGAAAAACAAACAAUAAGAUCAUAUAAAAAUACGUUCAAGAAAUUUUUGCCUCGAAGUUCUCGCGGUGAGACUGUUUUCGGAAGCUAAAGUCGGUAUUGAGCAGUUGAGUGUCUUAACAUCAGUAGCGUUCUUUAAUUUGUUCAGAGUUUUAGAGUCGCUGAAGUAAUGCUUUUGUGCCCCAUAUUCUUUUUAUUACCGAUAGUAGACUCGUAAACGUAUAGAGUACAGUACGCUUUGUCUUGG